CACGGCCUGCCCGGGGCAGAGAGCCUUGCUUCCCUGAGCGCUCCCCGGCUCCUCGUCGGUGAGCGGCGCUGCGCUCCGCCCGCGGUACCCGCCAAAAUGCCUCACCUGGAGAAUCUGGUGCUCUGUCGAGAGUCCCAAGUGUCCACCUUGAAGUCCCUGUUUGGAGAGAGACAUCAUUUCAGCUUUCCAUCGAUUUUUAUUUAUGGACAUACUGCCAGCGGAAAGACUUAUGUAACACAAACUUUGUUGAAAACUUUAGAGCUCCCACAUGUCUUUGUGAAUUGUGUUGAAUGUUUUACCUUGAGGCUACUUUUGGAGCAAAUUUUAAACAAGUUGAACCAUCUUAGUUCUUCAGAGGAGGGAUGCUCUACUGAAAUAACCUGUGAAACAUUUAAUGACUUUGUUCGUGCUUUUAAACAAGUAACCACAGCUGAAAGUCUUAAGGAUCAAACUGUAUACAUUGUUCUAGAUAAAGCAGAAUAUCUAAGAGACAUGGAAGCAAAUCUUUUGCCUGGGUUCCUUAGAUUACAAGAAUUGACUGACAGAAAUGUGACUGUUAUCUUUCUCAGUGAAAUUAUUUGGGAAAAGUUUCGUCCAAAUACUGGAUGUUUGGAGCCAUUUGUCUUAUAUUUCCCUGAUUAUAGCAUAGGGAACCUUCAAAAGAUCUUGUCCCAUGACCAUCCUCCAGAGUACUCAGCCGACUUUUAUGCUGCCUACAUCAACAUUCUCCUUGGAGUUUUCUACACUGUUUGUCGAGAUUUGAAAGAACUCAGACAUCUGGCAGUACUUAAUUUUCCUAAAUAUUGUGAACCUGUGGUUAAAGGAGAAGCAGGUGAACGCGAUACUCGCAAACUAUGGAGGAAUAUUGAACCUCACUUGAAGAAAGCCAUGCAGACUGUUUAUCUCAGGGAAAUAUCAAGUUCUCAGUGGGAAAAGCUACAGAAAGAUGAUGCAGACCCAGCACAAGUCAAAGGUCUCUCCGCAUAUAGUCACGUGGAACUUCCAUACUACUCCAAGUUUAUUCUCAUUGCUGCGUACCUUGCGUCCUACAACCCCGCAAGGACCGACAGGAGAUUCUUCCUCAAGCAUCAUGGGAAAAUCAAGAAAACCAACUUCCUAAAGAAACAUGAAAAGACAAGUAAUCAUCUCCUAGGACCAAAACCAUUUCCACUGGACAGGUUAUUGGCGAUAUUGUAUAGUAUUGUGGACAGCAGGGUUGCUCCCACAGCAAACAUUUUUUCCCAGAUUGCCUCCCUAGUGACCCUACAGCUGUUAACCCUGGUUGGCCAUGACGAUCAGCUCGAUGCACCGAAAUACAAGUGCACAGUUUCUCUUGAUUUCAUCCGAGCUAUUGCACGGACGGUGAACUUUGACAUAAUAAAAUACUUGUAUGAUUUCUUGUGAAAACAAGCUUCAGAGCCAUAUGGACACUGUGACAAUGACUGAGCCAAGCUGUGCUCAUCCAGCUACUUAGCUGGCCAGGGAGAGGAGUUCUCUGGCUCUACUGGGUUUGUCCAAACAGGUGCCGGCCCAGCAUGGAAGCUGCUGGAAAUGUUCUGAUUGGCCUGAGUGGAUGUGAGCAGAAGACUAUUUACAGGGACCCUGGAGUAUUUGGAAGCAAUGUGUUAAUUAUAAACAGCAGGGUUUGAGCACAAUCUGUUCUUCUCUUAAUGAUGUUAUCUUAACACUGAAAUUGCCUGAACCAUUUACUUAGGCCUGCAUUUUGCUCUGUGAACUCUCCCCUGCGCUGUGCCCGCGCCAGCAGCCCUGUACAUGCCAGUCCUUGCGCUUCCUCUCCCGGGGAGCCUCUGCCGCUGCUUGCCAAAGCAGCUUCCUAAGGCCACCAUUUUAAAAGCUAGUUGUAUAUCUAACUAAGUUCUUUUUAAAUCCAGGCUGUCUGUGCUUAUCUCUAACCCUCAUUCCUCAGAAGACAAGGUGGCAUAUUCUCUCAUGGCCUGCGUUCGCCUCCCAUCCCACUCGAUCACUGCGGUGUUCACGUGAGGCCGAGCUGCCGCUCUGGUCAGGGACACCCCUGCCCCUAGUCCAGCUCCUCACCUGCACAUGACUCCCUUUCCUCCUCCUCUGUGUUUAUGUACAUCACCGGCCUUUGACAGUGCCACAAUAAAAAUGUUUCUUCUUGUA